AUGUCCUACUACACAAUUUUGAUUGCUAUUGCUAUUUGUAUUGUGGGUUUAAAUGGCAAACCAACAACAUCACUCACACAUGAAUUAACUGAACCAGAACGUUGUUGUGUGCCAAAACAAUUUAGUGCACAAUUAAGUACAUCAACUGCCAUGGCAUUGCCAGAGGGUAAAACAUACAGUUCAUAUGCAUAUUACAAUUACUCAUAUGAUUCGGAUCGUGCCAUGACUGGAAUGAAAGGAGUAUCAUUUACGUUACCAGAUCUACAUAAAUCAAAUCUGUGGAUUAUUGAAAGUGUGAAUGAUGGACAAAUGUAUGUGAUAGAUCAAGAUUCUAGAAGAUGUCAAAAAUCAGCCAUGCCAAUUAAACCAAUUAAGUGUAUACCAGAUACAGCAAUUUACGUACAUUCAUAUACAUUUGGAUAUGGUGAUAAACAAAUUAUUGGUGACACAUGGCUUAUAACAGUGGACGACACAGUGAAUUAUGCAACGGUUAGUCGUGAUGGUCUUUGUGUUCCAUUGGCUGGACAUGCCUUCUUUCAAAAACUUGCUUUGGUAAAUGCAGCAACAAUAACGGAUUUUGUACCAAAAAUUGAUGAUCCAAGUAUAUUCGAUAUUCCGCCAGAAUGCAAAAGCGCUAUUUAA